GUAGCAACAGGCAGCGCAUAGCAACGGUGCUGGACAGAUGGCUCUGCUGACGCGGAUUUCAUUCAGUCACAUGUGUCCUGCGCGUUUCUGUGUCCCGCUGCAUGUUAGAUAAUUACAAUUAAAACCAUUUAGCUUUAGCCACAUCGUUUAAUAUCAAGUUAGCUGCCGCGUGCGACCGUCGUCUGCUGUCAGAGCUGCAGGGAGCUAGCUAGCGGAGCUACACUCUGUCAGAAGAUGUCUGGUCAAGAGUCACAUCGGGAUGAAGAUGAGGAUUUCUACAUGAAGUGCAGAGCCUCGUACCUCGCGGUGUUCAGGUCCAGUUUGUCAAACAUCACGUCCAAGCAGCUGUUAUGUCGCGUUCUCCAGCAAGCAGGAAGAAAUCCGUCCCUCGCCACUCUCAGUAAAUACUGGACCCCAAGAACGUCUAAACUGAACUUUGAUGACUUCUGUGAGAUUCUCAAAUGUGAGAAGAAAACUGAGGAAACUGAGUUGAUGAGAGCGUUCAAAAAGAUGGAUGUUAACAGCGAUGGCUACAUCACACACAGUGAACUGGAAAAGGCCCUUACCACUAGAGGAGAGAAAAUGACGACUGAGGAAGUGAAAACCAUUUUCACAUUAGCUGACAUCAACAAGGACGGCAAACUAAACUAUGAAGAAUUCUGCAGAUUGCUCGUGUCUACGGCAGAACAAUGUCAGGUGGCAGCUUUGGAGAGGCUUGAGGCUGAUGCUAAGCUGAAGAUACAGAACUUUGGCAGUCAGUCAUACAGCCCUCCAAAGAGCGCCGUGUCAUCAGCCUCAUCAGCUGCAGCAGCACCAGUGGCAGCAACUCACCCUCAGCCUCCAGAAACAUCAGACGCGACACUCAGAAAAGACAGCAGAUCGUCCUCUCGUCCUUCCUCUGCUCGCAGCAGACGGUCGUCUCUGGCGAACUCAAUCAAUAUGACAUCCAGCAGCACCAAGUCCAGCAAAGUACCAGAGCCUGCAGGCUUACAGGAGUGGCAUCACAGUCAUAUGAAAGGAUGUUUCUUCUUGGAGGAUGACGGGAGUAUCGGCUCUCUGCAGUACCAGCUCCACAUCCCGCAGACAACCAACGUCUACCUGACCAUCCAACCACAAAGCCUCGGCCACAGACCCGACAAGUCUCCUCCCUGGAUGACGGUGGAUACUGUUCUUUUUAUAAUGUCAGCUGGUGAAACCAAAGAAGACUCAACUGUAGUGCAUUUCACUGAGUCAAAAGACAAAGAGGUAUAUCAGAAGUACAUUUGGAAAGGAGAACUGAAUACUGGGACGUACUACCUGCUUCCCUUCACCAGCGGCUGCAGACUAAAGAAAAGGAUCAAAAAGAACCUUUCUGACAAACCUGUGGAGCUCGUCUCCAGGACCGACUCUGGAGAGCUAGACCUCACCCUGGAGCUCAGGGAGGCGCUGUCUGACAUCUUUGAGGUUAUAGACCUGGAUGGAAACGGUUUGCUCAGUCUGGAGGAGUACAAUUUCUUUGAGCUCAGGACCAGUGGAGAGAAAUGUGACAAGGAGGCCUGGGCUGUCUGCAAAGAAAACUUUGACAUGAGAAACAAUCAACUGACACGGCAGGGCUUCAUGGAGCUGAACCUGAUGGAGGCCACAGAGAAAGAUGGAGACCCCGCUGACUUGUGGGUCAUCCUGGAAGCCAUGGGCUACAACCGCACACUGGAGCUAGUAGAGGCUUGUCCUUUCCAGAUAGAUGUCCAUUGUGAAGACAUGCCGCUGUCUCUCCAGACAAUCAGUAUGGACACAGGGCCCAAGCUUCUGAACCAGGCCCUCCACAAGUCCAUCAUAGCCAGGACAGGGGCCAAAGCACUGAGGGGACAAGAUAAUGUUUUUAUCUACACCUACCGAGGAGAGCACAGGAUCUCCUCACUCAUAGUUAACAAGACCAACCAGAAAGUGACUGUGCACAUAAACAAUGAGCAGAGCAGGAACUGCAGCAGCAGCAGAGGCAUGAGUGUGUUUGCUGUGGAGGUGCCAGCCCGGACCAAGAUGGUUUGCCAACACAUUCUACCCAUCAGUGACAAACAGGACUGGACCUAUAAUUGUGUGGAGACUAUACUAACCUGCACAUGAAUAUCUACUGCUAUGAAAGAUUUAAAUCUCAACUGUGCCACUGCUACAGAAAAGUGAUCGACCAGAAAUGAUUAAUGGACCAGUGCUUUUAAAUAUGGUCAAUAGAUUCUUCUAUAUCCACUGGCAAUAUAAAAAACAUUGUUAAUGGUUGGACUAAAAGAUUGUUAUCCUUUCACUAAGAGCAGAGACGUUUGAUCAGACCCGCCAGCAGCUCAGUGGUGCUUUGCUUCAGUUGUUAAACACUGAUGGUCACAGUUCAAAUAAGACUGACAAUGGUUAAUGCUGCUUUUGUGCCUUUGUAUGUGUGACAUAUUGUGUUAAGGUAGAGGAUUUCAAAAUUCCCUUUAGAUUGAUUAACAUAAAGGCCAAAGGGUAACAUGUCCACAUGGCUCUUUUAUUCAUGAUUUAUCAUUUAAAAUAAAUAAUCUUGUCAUGACACACUCAAAUCAUAUAAGAUGAGAUCAGAUCAUAUAAGAUGCUGUGCUGUUACUUUAUUAUAUACUGUCCUGAGUAUACAAGCAGUUUUAAACAAGUUUUUCCAUCACAACUUUAUUAAAUCUAACAUUCAGA